CUUGCCCGAAGAAUUGUAUCAAAUGGAAUUGCCACACUCGAAGUACCAUCGGCCAAUCCAUUAGAACUUCAUGAUUUGAGUUUUUCCUUCAAUGAACCGAGCUUUGGAGUCGGAAAUAUCACUAUCGAAGGAAUUAUUGUCUACGGCUUGACCAACUUUAAAUUUCUGGAUUUAUCUGUGCAAAAAAUUUACAAAAAUGAAAGCUGCUCUGGCGAGAAAUUGUCUUUAUACGCCAAAAUGAAUCUAAGUGACGUUGCACUUGAUGUCAACAUCAGUGGCUCAGUUAUAUUAGCCAUGAUGCCCACCAUACCUAUUCCCAUGGAGGGAGAAGCAGCUGCUAAUUUGUCACAUGCUACGGCAUUCCUUAAUGCAUUAGCAAGCUUCAAUGAAUCCAUCAUGAAAUUGGAUGACAUUGAAUUUGACGUCGACUUGGAUGGAUUAGAUGUUGAUUUCUCCGGCUUGAAUGUGUCUGGAAUCAGUACUACUUUCUUGGAGGACGUUGUUAGAAAAAACUACAAGAGCAUGCUUAUAUCCCAGAAAGCCCAGUUUAUAGACAUGGCAAGCAACUAUGUCAAAGAGCUCGUGAACGAGCAAGAAGAUGAUAAAAUCUUCAAAAUUAUUGCGGAAUUAAUUAAGCUCAUCUAUGAUGCUGUUUUCAACUAA